UUACCCUUGUUACUCAAGUACUCUUAUACGCUGUCGUUUUAACGCUUAAACGUUUUUUUUGGGGGUUUCCAGUAGGAGAAUACUAUUAUUUUUGCUCACCGGAGGCUCCGAGUCUUCUCCGUCCGUCGUUAACAUUUGUUCGCUCUAUCGUUCGGCGUUUUCUUCACGAGAGGACCAACGCGAUAAUGCUUCGGAAGUCGGUUCUCGAGCUGUCUUCGCGUUUGUCAAUAAAGAGAUUCCCGAGGAAUUUGGGAGCUCAGAGGUUUCAUUUGAGUUCUUCGAGAAAUGCAUCUACAUCUGGUAAAAAUGGUCUCCCUGGAGCUAAACCCGUUGGGAAACCAUAUGCCUCAAAAGUUGAUCCUCCAAAAGUGACUCCUCCUCCUCCUCCUGUGGGGAAACCAAGUGAAUCUAAAGGAAAUUCUUCAAAAGUGGUUAUAGGAGGUGUUGCGAUCGCUGGUGCUUUUCUGGUAGCGUAUCAGACUGGCUAUUUGGAUCAAUAUCUGGGGAAAGAACAGCAGAAAUUAAGUGAGCGAAUUCAUUCUGAUGCUGUUACUAACAAAGUGGAGGAGGCUCAUCAUUUGAACGUUCCUUCCGGUGUUGAAGAUUCUACUGAAAAGGAUGGUCAAGUUGAAACGCAACCUGAAGUUACUCAUUCUGAAGCUUCUGGGGGAGUGCAGAGUGACAUAGAAGUGCAACCCGAGUCUGAUCUAUCAUCUGACCGUUUUACAUAUAUUUCUUCGAACCAAGGGGAGACCACACCUCAAGAAAGUGUCAUUGAUAGAGCAGAGAGAAACUUGCCUAUUUCUGAAUCUGAAGAUUCGGGAUUUAAGUCGGACAUGCCCUCCGAAAUUAUUUCUGAGGCAGAAAAUGUGAAGUUGGAAGCUGUACCCAAACCUGGGGACAGUCCUAUUGUUAGUGCCCAGUCUAUUUCGGUUCAUAGAGAAAGUGAAACGGAAUCUGCUACACCAAAGGAUCCUUCCGCUGAAAAGGCACCUGAGGAUGGCAUUGAGCGGGAAGUACAAAUACCAGGUUCUCUCCUUAAGGAAUACAAUCUAGAAGGCAGUGAUACUGAAAGCACUGGGUCCCCGUCAAUAGGGGAGCAACUAACUAAAGAAACUGAGGGUCUUCCUAACUCAACCGAGGGGCUGAAAGAUGGUUACAUGACUGAGGAUGGAAAGUUGGUACUUGAUUUUCUGGCUGCCAUUCAUGCAGCUGAGAAGCAACAGGCCCAUUUAGAUGCCCAGGUUUUUGCUGAAGAAUUACGAGCCUUGAAGGAGAAGUAUGAAAAUGAGUUGAGAGACCUUAGGGCACGUGAGCUAAUGCGUAUAGAAGAGGCAGCAAUAUUGGAUAAGGAGCUAAAAAGAGAAAGAACAAAAGCAGCCGCUGCUAUCAAAGCAAUCCAGGAGAGAAUGGAAGAUAAGCUCAAAACUGAAAUUGAACAAAAGGAAACUGAAGCGCAGUUGGCUUUGAGUAAAGUUGAAGAAUUGGCAAAAGCUGAGAUGAUUUCGGAAAUUGCAAAAGAAAAGGCAGCACAAAUUGAAAAGAUGGCAGAGGCAGAUAGCAAUAUAAAGGCACUGAGUAUGGCGUUCUAUGCGCGCUCCGAAGAGGCUCGUCAAAGUCAUUCAGUUCACAAGCUUGCAUUGGGUGCACUUGCGCUGGAUGAUACACUCUCGAAAGGACUGCCAAUCCAAAAAGAAAUCAAUAUGCUUCAGACUUAUCUUGAAGGGACUCAGAAGGAUUCAAUCCUAGGCUUGGUAUUAUCAUCUCUUCCAGAAGAAGCACGAUCCAAUGGAACCGACACAGUGCUGCAAUUGAAUCAGAAGUUUGAUACCUUGAAAGGAACACUUAGACACUUCAGUCUCAUUCCACCUGGUGGCGGAGGAAUUUUAGCACAUUCCCUAGCACAAGUAGCAUCUUGGCUAAAGUUCAAAGAAGUGGAUCACUCUAAUGGAGGCAUCGAAUCUGUAAUUAAAAAGGUUGAUAAUUACUUGGCGGAAGGAAAACUAGCAGAAGCAGCAGCAGCACUAGAAGAAGGUGUUAAAGGAAGUAAAGCAGAGGAAAUAGUGAGUGAUUGGGUGCGACGUGCAAGAAACAGAGCCAUUACAGAACAAGCUCUUACGCUUCUUCAAUCUUAUGCAACUUGUGUCAGCCUCACAUGAAUCCCACCCAGAUCAUCCAUUGAGGUACAUUGCUUUUUUUUUAUUUUGGAAUUCGAUACAGAGAUUCCUGGAGUAACAAUCAUUUUGCGAAGUAGCACCAACCCUUUUUUUUGGUCAAGAGGAAGAAUUACGAUUCUCUAUUCCAAUGUUUAUGUCUAAAUCACAGCUGUUCUCUCUCUCUUUUUCUAUGAUGUUAUCUGAGUUAGAAUGUUAACAAAAGUUUGAAUCAAAAAUAAGAUUGAAUCUCACGAAUUUAUGAUUUUUGUCUA